AUGGCGCAAGGGACGGUAACCCCAUUGCCAGGGCAGAACGGCAGCUUACCGCUUGCCGAGCAAGAGUCACGUCAACUUGAAGAUUUCGUGAGAAUCAUCAAGUUUCGAGAUGCCGUCAUCUCGGGCACCCACCCUCGCAUUAAAUUGCCUGCGCAUAUGGCGACAGCCAAGGCGACGAAUCAACUGGCAUCGAGAAUAUCGGAUCCCAAUAAUGGCUCUGUGGUCGACAGGUCGCAGAAUGCUACGAAAGACGCUUCCCUUUCGUCGAACGAACUGGCAAGCGUAGUUCAUGAAUUCGGGUCACAUGCCCCUGCGAUGUCGACAAACGCGCAGCAGAGGUUACCGGGUCUAGGCUUCCUGCCUCUCGGAACGAAUACCGCUGCGCCUGCUACUGCAUACGGCGCGAGUACUUCUGGUAAAGCUGAGAUUGACCCUAUCCUUCUCCAGAAGUCGGAUGGUCUGAUCAAGGCAGAGAUACAAUUACGGCGGCAGAGGAUUGAGCGCGCCCUGAGGGAGCAGCUGGAACAGCGUCGUAGUGACAGGCUGCUUCAGUCGAGUGAUGGCCUCCCAGACUUUGAUCUGGUGGAUGUGCUGCAGAGGGCCCUUGUUCUUGUACAAAACACAGCGACAGCUUCAUCCAAUGACGCAAAUCUUGCCGCAAACAGGUCGGACGCGAGCGACUCCUUCGAUGACAACACCUUUUACUCCUCUCAAUUCAACUCUCCAGACUCGCGGGUACAAGUCAAUUCAGAGACGGGGGGGUUGGAGAGGCAAGACAGCUCGGAGUACGAGCCUGAACUUGACCCAGCGACCAUUCCUCAGCCCAAUGAGGCAGGACAGGCGUCUGAACCUACGGCCAGUGUGCCUCUCCAUGCAGCUGCUAACUCAUCCAGCGUGUCAGCGUUUCCCGCCCAGAGACCAGCCUGGCGUAGUGGCCCAACAGCACACGACAUUGCGCCCAUACAGGUGCACAGCGGUGGGGAGAGCGGCGAUGCGAGUCGCUCAGGCGAUUCUGGCCAUACGGAUAACGACCACAGUUCUGACGAAGUGGCACGUCACAGGGCAGACGACCGACUGGCCCACGGCAACUCUGAGCGAGAUAGCCCACGCAUUGUCCAUGCUCAUGACAUAUCUUUGAUUGCCCCUCAGCCGUCUCAUGUAUCAUCACUAGCCACGUCCAGGCAUAUCUCAAACAUGGCUCAAGACUUACAGCCUACGACAGGUACGCCUGCUCAAGUUGCCGCGCUGAGAAGAGAUCCAGCUGCCAUUUCCAGCCCAGACAGCUCGCCGCAAGGAACAAAGGUUUCCGACAAGAAGAAGAAUAAGAAAAAGAAGCGCAAGGCAGAUCGCCAGACCAUUGAUGGUGAUGCAUCACCUUACAUCAAACCAGAGCCCAGAUCCCCAUCUCCCAUCCAUGCUCACCCUUCCUACGCUCGGCCAAACAAGCGACCAAAGCAGGGUUUGCGUGCUGCACCUGAUUUGGUGUACGAUGACUCGCCCAGACAGCCCAGCAACAUCGUCUACGAAGAGCAUAGCCAAUACUUGCCGCGAGUGCGGGGUGAUGAGAGAGGUCAUGUUGUCUAUGAACGAGUCGAUGAUCAAUCUGCGCCACCUCGAGCCCAGCUUCCUAUGGUGUCAGUUCCCGCGCAGGAGCGUGGCUACUACAUCGAGAGACGCCCGUCGAGCCCUCAAGCUCCCCUGUAUCGUCAUUCGCCCAGCGCGUAUCCGGUCGAAUAUAUGACACGGGAGGGGCGAACUGUUAGAUCAGCGUCGCAUGCUGUCCUUGAGAGGCCCGUCGCAGAUGCCCGGAUCGCCUACGGCGACCCUCGUGAUUCAACACGAGUGAGCGUUCGUCAUGCCGUGGACCGAGAGCGAUCCAGGUCUCCUGGGAUGCGCUCAACGCGCACACCUCUGAUGGCCCCUCCACCGAGGGCCCAGCCUGUUCGCAUCUUUGUGGACGAAUUCGGUCGCGAAUAUAUCGAGCCUCCGCGACCGCAGCCAUCGCUCCUCAGAAACAGUAUGGCGCCACAAGCACCGCCUAAGCAGCCUGACCUCGUAUAUCAGCGUGCUCCGCAACCUGUGCGAGCCACAUCCAGGGCACCAGAGCCCUUUGACGAGGGCGGUGUGAUUUAUAGGAGAGCAUCACCCGCCAGUGCCUCGUCGAGACGAGUCGUUUCACAGCCAGACUACGAUCUUGUGGACUACCGCGCCUAUCGGCAGCGCGAUUAUCUUACACGGCCUUCUGUUACUCAUGAGAAUGACUUUGUUCAGCUAGACUCGUCGCGCCGACCACCGCAAGAGGAGCGUCCAUUGGAGUACGUGCGAUCUGUUAGCGUCCGGCCGCGAGAGCCUGCUCGGUACGAAGUUGCUAGGAGCUACCCCGAGAGGCUUGGCAGUGCCCGGCCUGAAAUCCCUGUUCGCGAUUUCGCUGCGCCUAUGCAACCCGAGCUGCGACGCGAGUAUACAACUGCAGUACCGGUAGGGUCACUGCGAGAUCCAUAUGCGCAGCCUGUGGCUCGGGAGUUCAGCGUUCGACCCGAGCAACACAUCGUGCAGCGGUCAUACAGUGUCAGGCCGACUGGACCUGCUUAUUACGCUCGCCCGGUGGAUGAAGAUGAGGGCGUUACCUAUGUUACACGUACUGCAGCCGAGCCAGGUCUGGCGUACCCGAAUGAUGGCUCAGGCCACCCAGGACGGUUGUAA